AUGUCGGAGCUUAUGAGGAACCCGCGGAUAAUUGCUAUUGCGCAGUCUGAAGUCCGGCGAGUCCUCCACGGCAAGACUGUGGCCGAGGCGAACAUCGACGGCCAGCUCCACUACCUCCGGAUGGUCAUCAGGGAGACGUUCAGGUUGCACCCUCCUUUGCCUUUGCUCCGCCCGAUGCUGUGCACAGAACGGAGGAGGAUCAUGGGCUACGACGUGCUUCCGGGCACUACCUUGUUCGUCAAUGCAUGGGCGAUUGGUAGGGACGGGCAGAACUGGACUGACGCCAGUGACUUCAUACCCGAGAGAUUCGAGGGCGAGAAAGCGGACUGCAGUGACUCGGACUUCACCUUCUUCCCCUAUGGUGAGGGCCAGAGAAUGUUCAGUGGGAUGUUUGUAUUGGCGAACGUCGAGUUUGCCCUUGCGAGCCUUCUAUACCACUUCGACUGGAACCUCCCCGAUAGUGGUAAUCCGGAGAGGCUUGAUAUGGCCGAGGCGUAUGGGAUAAGGACGCAUCGUCGGACUCAACUAUUGUUGAAUGCUACUAAUCAUUUUGGCAUGCUAUAA